AUGGGUAUCGAAGAGAGUCUCCCGGUCGAUAUCCAUGCCGCCCCGACAACGCAAGCCUUCGCGUUCAUCGGCAUCGCCUUCAUUGCAUGCAAGAUCUUCUGCUUCUGGAGGUUGAUUGCAUCGCUCUUCAUCCUGCCCGGUGCUCAGCUCUCCAAGUUCGGCAACAAGGGAUCGUGGGUGGUAGUGACAGGCGCGGCGGACGGCAUCGGCAAAGAAUACGCUCUCCAACUCGCAGCCAAAGGAUACAACAUCCUCCUCGUCUCCCGAACCAAAUCGAAGCUCGACACACUCGCGGAGGAGAUUGAGAGCAAGUACAAGGUGCAGACCACGAUACACGCCAUGGACUUUGCGGCGAACAAGGACGCCGACUACACAGCAUUGAAGCAGCUCGCUGCAGGUCUCGAUGUUUCCAUCCUGAUCAACAACGUGGGACAGAGCCACAGCAUACCCGUGCCAUUCACCGAGACCCCCGAGACGGAGGUGCAGGAUAUCAUCACCAUCAACUGCACCGGCACUCUGCGCAUUACACAGCUCAUCGCACCCGGCAUGGUGCAGAGGAAGCACGGCUUGAUCUUGACCAUGGCUUCGUUUGGUGGAAUCAUGCCUACACCUCUCCUCGCAACAUACAGCGGCAGCAAAGCAUUCCUGCAACAAUGGUCGACUGCCCUCAGCGGCGAGCUUGCUCCUCAUAACGUUCACGUCCAGCUUGUGCAAUCCUACCUCGUCACUUCCGCCAUGAGCAAGAUCAGACGAUCGUCAGCUCUGAUCCCAACACCGAAGCAUUUCGUGCGCGCCGCACUGGGCAAGAUUGGAAGAUCUGGAGGAGCACAGGGCAUUGCUGCGACGAGUACACCAUACUGGUCGCAUGGCAUUAUGCAUUGGGCGAUCGCGAGCUUUGCCGGGACGAUGAACGGGCUGGUGCUCAACAUCAACAAGAACAUGCAUCAGGACAUUCGCAAGAGGGCGUUGAAGAAGGCCGAGCGGGAUGCAAAGAAGGCUUGA